AUGGCCCGUGUUCGAUCCCACAAGUACCAGCAGGCGAAGAAGGCUCGCAACGCCUCCAAGUAUAGGGGAAGGAAGACUCAAGGACACAAGAGAGCCCAGGAGACUCGCGCCUCGCCCUCUCGCCCUCAAAGUCCCCUCCCACUCGGCGAGCGCAAGGCAAUGUUUCUAUCGAUGAUGCAUUUCCUGAGCCAGGACGGCGACAAGUCCGACCAGAUUUUGAGGAUGUUGCAGAGCACAGAGCCGGCGUUUUGGACCAAACUCUCCAAAUCUGAGACCGUCAGACAGGGAGACCUGUCAGAUGAGGGGCUGCGAGCAGUCUCUCAGAUCAUAUACGACCGAAACACUGCCCGAGACGUCGAUAUAGUCGUCCCACAGCAACAGUUGACCAAGAGGAUGCAGCAAUUCAACGUCGCCUACAUGCGUAGGCUGCCCGUGGCCAGAUUAGAAGAAUUGCACGGCAUCAUCCGGAGCGUGGCCCCGACCGUGGCUCUCCUCGAUGUCGACGCGGGCCGGCGUGUUGAGCCAAACUUUCUGCCGCCAAACGUGCAGAUGAUGAUCUUCAAAUACCUGAAUCGGCAUCUUCCUGACGAGGUGAUGGCAGAGGCUCGGGCAGCAGAAGGGAAAGCCAAAGAAGAAGAAGAAGGAGAAGAAGGAGAAGAGACUGGGGGCCUCGAGGGCGAGAUGGAAGAUGCCGGCGAAGGCAUGGACGUGGACGAGGCUGAGGAUGGCCACGAGGACGCGUAUGAAUACGAAUGGAUGGAGAUGGGAAGCCAGGCAACGAGCGAGACGAACGAGGAGCUUUGA